AUGCACUGUCUUGCUGAUGUUUGUAUCGUACCAAUUGGUACCGGGAAGGCUUCAGUAUCUGAUGAAGUUACCAUGAUCACUAAAUACCUUAGAGAGACUAAGGGAGAUUUGACUGUUACUUUACAUUCAGCCGGUACUACAAUUGAAGGAGAAUGGAAUGCGGUAAUGAAAAAGAUUGGUGAAUUACAUCAAUUGUUACAUGAUAAUGGUGUGGUAAGAAUCCAAAGUGAUAUUAGAGUUGGUACAAGAACUGAUAAAGUACAAAAAGCUGCAGAUAAGGUUAGAGUAGUUGAAGAAAAAUUAAACCGUUAA